AUGAUGCAUGUAGUUCCAGAAAGAAGCUGUGAGGCUCAGAAAGUCACCAAGAAAGGAAGCUUCAGAGUGUGUUCCUUUGGCUUAGAACUGUGUGACAGAGAUAAAUCCAUUUUUGACCCAACGUUGAAUCAAGACAGCCUGAGAAAUCAGUACCCUGGCACAGACUCUGGGCUUUUAACCAGUGCCAAAAAGCAAAAGCUAGGGAUGCCCAGCUCGGCUUUCGAUUCUGAGAAGCGCUUAUGCAGCCGCAUCUCUCUCCCUCCACACCGCGGUGCCAAGGAACACCGGGUCCUAGGCCUGGCGCGUGGCGGUGGCGCGCCGCGGUGCUCCCGGGACCGCCAGAUUCACAGCUUGCUUAGAACCAGCAGAGGACCCCCGCCCCGCCCGACACCGGGCCUCGACAGCCCCAGCCAACAACCUGCAGAUGCACCCCUACCCCAGCCUCGCCGAGGGAGCGCGAGACGCGGGAGAACGCCCACACGCCGGCCCAACUCCCCAGCCGCGCGUUCUCUACCCGCCUUUCCGGGACACCCCACCCCAAAUUAUCUUAAACCACCGGCCCUUGGCCAAAGGCACCUUCGCCCUCCAGGCAGGUUAUCGCAGCUGAGAACACCCCCUCCCCGCCCCAUCCUCGUCCUCCGCCCGGUCCAGCCGCACAGCGCAGGGGAGGAGGCGGCGCCUCUGAGGAACUCACCGCUCUCCCGAGCCCUGCCCCGGGCGGCUCCCGGCCCUGGCUCUGUCCGUAGGACCCGGAGCCGCAGCAGCUCGCGCGGCUACAGAGCCAGCUCCUCUCUGCCGCAGGAAAGUCCGCUCCUUGAUUUCGAGGCCAUUUACGGUACCACCUACGGUAAAACAUUACAGUACAACCGAAGGUGGCAGCCUGAAAGCCGAGGUGUUUCCCAUGUGUAUCUGCCUGGAACAGGGGAGGCAGGGCAUCCGGAGUUCUGGAAGUCUCGGCUUGGAAGAUAUACAGGCAAAGAGAACUUUGACUUUUGAAAGGGAGUGUAAGAGACAGUGGAUUUGUAAAUGGAAUCUCAUGACCAAAGAUGAAAACAUACAAAAACCAGUUCCACUCGGCUAUCAGGGAUGUGAAGGUUCCCAGCGAUGAAUGCGCAUAAGCGGCUCUUAAAAAGGCCACAGCAGGUCUUGCAUUGCUUCUCCUGGCCGCGUGGUGGCGGCAUCAGCUCUUCGUCAAAGCUGGGGUGUUCUCACCACCGGGCUUGGAGUGAGCCAGUGGCACCUCUAGAGAAGCCUUGGUGAUGGUGGAGACGGGGUCCAAAUGCUGUGUAAUAAACUACCCCAAAUCGAGUGGGGUUAAAUGAAUGUUGUGGGCCCAAAAUCUGGAAAGGGCGCGCAGUAGGGAGAGCUUGUC